AUGCGCUUGUUACGAUCCCUAACUGGUAAAACAAAUUCAGAUGAUGUUUUACGACGUCGUUCAAGAACAACGGCAGAAGUACCGACAAUUAUAGUAACUCCACCUACUCUUUCAAUUCCUUUCUCCAAUCAAGAAUCUGAAAAGAUUCAAUCACGGGGGAAAAAACUAAUCACUGCAUCUCAAGCACAACGAAGACGUAGUAUUACAGAAUUUGUUAUCUAA